AUGUUCGUGGAAGAGUUUGUGGCAAACGUCGCGAGAAUACAAUAUGCCUUGUCCACGCUGGCAGAGUUGCAGCUCACCGCUUUCAGAUAUCCUCCAUCAGAUUCUGGCAUACGAGAUGGAGCAACAUUUGACUUUGUGAUCGUGGGCGCGGGCUCGGCAGGCAGCGUGCUGGCCAACAGGCUCACAGAAGACCCGAGGGUGACGGUGCUGCUGAUAGAGGCAGGCCCCGACCCGCCUAUAGAAUCCAAUCUUGCAGGUCUAUACCCAUACAUCCUAAAUUCACACGUAGAUUGGACUUACACGACAGAUAAGAAUCAAGAAGCAUUUCCAUGUCAAGUGGACAACAGGUACCGCGCACACCAAGGCAAAAUGUUGGGCGGCUGCAGCAGUAUCAACGGAAUGUAUUAUGUUCGUGGACAUCCCGAAAUUUUCAACUCAUGGGCCAGAGUUGUAAAUGAUCCGUCUUGGAAUUACAACAAUAUUCUAAAAUAUUUCAAAAAAAGUGAACGACUUGAAGAUGCCGAUAUUCUCAAUUCUCUUGAUAGAUUUUUUCAUGGCACUAAUGGAUAUCUUAGAGUAACCAAGGUCAAUAAUAGUGAUUCGGAAAAAUUCAAGGAAGUUUUCGAGGAACUGGGAUACAAGUUUGUCCGAGAUAUAAAUGGGUUUGAUAAUAUAGGAUUCAGUGAGCAACUGGUGACAUUUGCAAGCGGUCUUCGUCAAAGUACAGCCAACGCAUUUUUGUCUCCCAUCAAAAGUCGCCCUAAUUUACACGUUUUGAAGAACACCCUCGCAAUCAAGGUGGAAAUUGAUGAAAAAACUGCAACAGGCGUUGUAGUGACUGAUAAUGAUAAUAAUACUUUUACAAUUAACGCAAGAAAAGAAGUUAUAAUUUCGGCUGGAUCCGUAAACAGUCCACAGCUGCUGUUACUAUCUGGGAUCGGCCCAAAAGAACAUUUGCAAAGUUUAGGUAUAGAAGUGAUCGUAGAUAUUCCCGUGGGGGAGAAUUUGCAAAACCACCACGUUGUAUCAUUACUGAUAAGCAUACCAGAUACUAAUAAUUCAACAACAAUGCCUGUAGAUCCUCACGCUUAUUCUGCUGCUUUGCCAACAGGACAUGUGUCGCUUAAUGCAUCAGCAACAUCACCUGAUUUCCAGGUCCUCACACAAAGUAUCAACGAUCAAGGAUAUGUUUCAACGUGCAUAAUGUUUCAUUUUAACGAUAAUGUUUGUGAAUAUUUUUAUAAUAAAUUGAAAGGCAGUAAAGUUGUGUACAUAGGAAUAUCAAACCUUAAACCUCAAUCACGGGGAGUAAUCUCAUUAAAGAGUUUGGAUCCGAAAGAGAAUCCAUCGAUUAGUAUCCGACCGUAUGAAGGAGACGAUUUGGAAAAUACAGUGAGUUAUGUGCAAAAUAUAGGUCGGAUUGCUAAUACGAGUUAUAUCAAGAGUGUUGGCGGAAAACUGGUAACGUUGCCGAGUUGCGAGGACUUUGAAGAGGGGAGCCGUGAGUACUGGACGUGCUACGCGCGCUGUAUUGUCAGUAGCACGUUCCACUUCGUGGGCACGUGCGCGAUGGGCUCCGUGGUGGACAGCCGGUUGCGCGUGCGCGGGAUGAACCGACUGAGGGUGGUGGACUCCAGCGUCAUGCCCUUCAUCACCACCGGGAACACCAACGUUCCCACCAUCAUGAUCGCUGAGAAAGCAUCUGAUAUGAUUAAGCAAGACAACAACAUAUUAUAGGUAAAUGAUAAUUACCAAAUUAAUACAUUUUUGAUUUUGACAUGCCUUGUUGUGGAACAUGAAUG